CUGCCCGCUUUGCGUCGUUUUCCGCGUCUUUCUGCGCCGCUUCUGUCUUUGUUUACAUCUGACACACAGCCACGCGGUGCCCGGGCGCUUCCGGUCUGCGAAGAUCCGCCCCUCGCAGCUGUCAGCGCGGCACUCACGCCCCCAUUUUUACCGGCAAAACUAAAAACUCGCCAUUUCCUUCACGCUCGCGACCAUCCGCGUAGAGUUCAGCCAGCAUACCUGCCGCGUGCCCUGCACACGUGAGCGGCUGAGGUGACGCAGCUCAAUGCGGCUGUAAAGCGGCGCAGAGGGUGGAGAUUUAGCGCCAACUGGAAUCUACGCCUCCUGACGUGGAGCUCAUCUGCGCUCUGCGAGGCGCCAGCUCGGAGCAGUUAGCCCGGCCUAAGCUCAGAAUCCCGGGCACCGCGAGCAGGAGAGCACCGGAGGACAGAGAGCACACACCUGGAGAACACACUUGGAGAACCUGAGGGGAACCCGAGGGGAACCCACUGCGGGGUUAAACCUUCUUUUGGAGCUCUCGGCGGAGCAGGGUGAACUUCAAGGGAGGAACUUGAGGUGAGUUUCUGGAGCUGGCUAAAAGUUUGCGUGAGUGGAAUUGGGGCUUGAUUGCCUGCAGCGUAAUGUGACCCGGACUCCCACGUUAAACCCCCACGGUCUCCGGUGCAGACGUGGACAGCCCCCGGGGGUUCGGCUCUUUGUUGGCCGCUCCGUGUCCGCAUCAGGCGGCCAUGAUGUGCAGCCGGACUCGGUAAAAUAUCGCUGUUUUCGGUUAACCGAGCCUCGUGGCCGCCUCAGACCAACCCUGCUCGGUGUGGCGUGGAUGUCGGGGCAGUUUCCCGGGUCUCCGAGGUCCGGUGGGGGGGCUUUGGGGGCACUUGAAAGCGGCCUGCUGCCCCGCUCUCCGCGCCAGGCUGAGCCGGGCUUUGUCGGGAGGAAGGCGGCUCGGAGUGGGGGUUGGGGCCGCUGUACGUCGCACUUUUACGGCUGUUUAAGUCUAAAUUUCAAGUCGUUUGUCGUCCCCAGGUUUGCUCCCACGGACGCUUCCACGGCCCCGACUAUAAUGAGAGGAACACGGGAAGACACAGAAGCGAAGAGUGCUCCUGCCGAGGCCCCCAAACACACCACAGUCCGACCGAGGAAGAGGAAGGCAGAUGUUGCUAUUGUUUUACCGGAUCUGGAUGAGGAGGUAGCAGAGAUGACGAAGAAGAAGCAGCGCGAGUGUGAGCCGGGCUGGAGUCCUGCAGCUGAUCGCGUGAGUCCGCAGAGGUGGAUCUCCACGCCUGAUCAGGAGGAGUGCCCGCUCGUCCCCCUGGUCAACGCCAGCUUUCCUCAUUAUAGCUUCCACACCACAUGUGUGACACCCGUGCACCACGCGCCACUGCCCGCGCUCUGCUGGGCCAGUAAGGACGCCGUGUGGAACAACAUGCUGGAGAAGGACAAGUCCUACACCAGAGACGUCCACAUGAUGGACAAACAUCCACACCUGCAGCCCAAGAUGAGGGCCAUCCUCCUGGACUGGCUCAUGGAGGUGAGCGAGGUCUAUAAGCUGCACAGGGAGACGUACCACCUCGCUCAGGACUACUUUGAUCGCUUCAUGGCCACCCAGAGGAACGUCCUCAAAUCCACGCUGCAGCUCAUCGGCAUCACCUGCCUGUUCAUUGCCGCCAAAGUCGAGGAGAUGUAUCCUCCCAAAGUCCACCAGUUUGCCUACGUGACAGACGAGGCCUGCACAGAAGACGAGAUUCUCAGCAUGGAGAUCAUCAUCAUGAAGGAGCUGCAGUGGAGCCUGAGCCCGCAGACUCCCGUGUCCUGGCUCAGUGUUUACAUGCAGGUGGCUUACCUGAAGGACACGGACGAGCUCCUCCUCCCCAGAUACCCGCAGGCCACCUUCACGCACAUCGCAGAGUUGUUGGACCUGUGCAUGCUGGACGUGCGCUGCCUCGAGUUUUCUAACGGCGUUCUCGCCGCUUCAGCGCUCUUUCACUUCUCGUCCCUGGAGCUGGUGGAGAACGUGUCAGCUCUGAAGAGGGUGGAGGUGGAGGAAUGCGUGAGGUGGAUGGUGCCGUUUGCGAUGGCGCUGCGAGAGGUCGGCAGCUCGCAGAUGAAAACGUUCCCGGGAAUCUCCGCGGAUGACAUGCACAACAUCCAGACACACGCCCCCUACGUGACCUGGCUGGAAAAGGCGUACUCCUACCAGGAGGUGGAGCUGCAGUGUCACGGCGGCUGCCCCAUCCCCUCGGGCGUCCUGACUCCGCCCCUGAGCAGCGAGAAGACAGAAGAGCCGGAUCGAGGCGAGGCCACCGUGGUUAAGAUCAGAGCCAGCAUGGAGUCUCCGCCCCCUCAGUAGCAGAGCGCUGCUGACGCCGGCGGGACGGGAAAGCUCGGGGUGUUGGAUUUGAGUUUCAGCUGAGAUUAAAUUUUUAAUUCCAGGGAGGGAAACAGUAUUUUGUGCUUUCCGGGAGCUUCUCAGAGCCUCUGUGGGCGCAGCGAGGAGACGCGUCACCGCCACGGGAACGUGUUUAAGCUCCGGUCUGAGCACGAGCAGAGGAGACUUUGUUUUCAUGCUUUUUAUUAGUGGUGCUGCUGAACGCUCUCAUCAAGUCCAACCACGCCUUUAUUUUCUAUGCAGAGGCCAAACUGAGGAGACCUUUAGAGUGCGCGUGCAUGCGCGUGUGCGUGUGCGUGUGCGUGCUUAAAUCUAUUAGUGGCCUCAUUUGCCCCCAAACUAUUUCUAGGGUCGUGUUUGGCUCUACGUGCUGCUAUAAAGUGGGCUGAGCAUGAUGGGAAGUGUGUGUGUAUGUGUGUGUGUGUGUGUUCCUUUUUAAUGCGCACAGUGUGGCCAUGUUCUGCUUGGGGACCAGUAGCUUGGCUACCUCGAUGGACAGGUGAACCAGCCGGGCUUCAGAAGCUAAAUGUUGAUUGUCUUGAACUUUGACCUUUUUAUCCCAAAAUGAUUUUUUGUUUUUUAAUGAAAUGCUGCUACAUGUUUUCCAAUAAAGGUUUUUAAGCUCUUUGACGUGAUGAGUGUGAGAUGGACGAGCUCAGGCUGCGCUCCACUAGGUGGCACUGUGACGCCGUCAGACGCUUUAAGCUGAUAGGAAGGAAACGGGAACUCAAAGAGCAUCUCUGGCACUCAAACAUGAGUUCACUGCAUUCAAACAGGAGAUGAGGUGUUAGGAUAACACAACGGUAGUGAUGCUGACAAAAAGAGCUUGAACUGAAGAUGUUCUGAUAUUGACUGGCAGUGAGACAGGAUCAGAAAUGAGGGGGGAGGGUGGGGGAUGAAGAGGAAGCGCUCAGAGGAGAUUCAUGGAUGUAGUGAAGGAGGACAUGCAGAGGGUUGGAGGAUGCUGGGAUAGGAGGAGGUGGGUGUUACACAGCAGAAGACUCAGAGGUUAAAACAUCUCUGUAUCUCACUUCUGCAGCUUUUCCUCUGAUCUGAAAUGUUUUUGCAUGUAGGAAACACGCGGACCAUGAAGCUCACUCUGAACCUUUUACAUCCUUCAGGAGUCACAGUGGUCCACACUAAACCUUUCAGUGGAGUUAUGUUGAAAAACUAGUUCAUGCAUUUAUUACUUCCAGACUGGACUACUGUAAUUCAUUAUUAUCAGGAAGUCCUAAAAACUCCCUGAAAAGCCUUCAGUUAAUCCAAAAUGCUGCAGCAAGAGUCCUGACAGGGACUAGAAAGAGAGAGCAGAUUUCUCCUGUAUCGGCUUCCCUUCAUUGGCUUCCUGUUAAAUCCAGAAUUCAAAAUCCUGCUCCUCACAUACAAGGUCUUAAAUAACCAGGCCCCAUCUUAUCUUAAUGACCUUGUAGUACCAUAUCACCCUAUUAGAGCACUUCGCUCUCACACUGCAGGCUUACUUGUUGUUCCUAGAGUAUUUAAAAGUAGAAUGGGAGGCAGAGCCUUCAGUUUUCAGGCCCCUCUUCUGUGGAACCAGCUUCCAGUUUGGAUUCAGGAAACAGACACUAUCUCUGACCUCUGUUUCUCUCACAUUGCUGACAGUUUGAUGUGAGUUGUGCUGAUUUUGGAUUUAAUUGAAGCUCAGACCCUCCAGAACACAAACACAUGACUCUGAUCUUCAUGGGUGACUCCCAGAAUACACCUGCAGGCACAGGUAAAGUCACCUGAACCUGACUCAGCUGGGUGGAGAAACUUGUGUUCUGUUCUUUGAACUCUGGAUUGGAAACACGCAUGAACCAGCAGAUUAAAGCAGAGAGCGUGCUGGUCCGCUCCCAGAGGUUCUCCUGCAGAGACUGAUGAACACAGUCUGCGAGCCUCGAUGAGGACGGUAGCUCAGCUUUAUCAGACUGAGCGUUCGCUUUGUCAGGCUCUGAGCUCACGAGCUCCUCAGAUGGAGAGCAAUGUGGACGGCUCUAAGAUGAUGGAUGUGCUCGACGAGGACUGACGAGUUCUUCUAAAAGCAAUCAGAAACUUUAACAAGUCUAAAUUUCUGCCAUUCCAGGUCCCCCCCGACCCGGACCGCUCCUGAAACUGCUGCUUUGUUAAAGUUUAUUUUAUUUUAAAAGGUUUUUGAUUUUUUUCUGUCAGUGCUCAGAGUGCAGGAGGCUAACAGCUACAGCCAAACACCUUAAAUCUGAGCCGCCAGUUUGGACUGUUAAUCUAUAACGCUUCACUGCGGUGUGAUGUCACCGAUCAGCUGCUGCUGCACCAACACCACCUCCGACUUCCAGGAGUGUCUGUGAAUUUUCCCACUCAGGAAUUUAUUUAAUCCUGACCCCACAGGAAGGCACGCUCACUCCUUCAGGAUUGUCUUUUAGUGAAGAGUGGGUUUGUUUCAGCCUCUCGAGGAUAAAAAGGCCUGACCGCUGGUUAGUCUCAUUAUGUGACGAAGGAGCUGUGGAUCUGCUCGUCUGGUUUCAUGCCUUCACCCAGGUGACCUCAGAUCGAUUUGUAGUUUAAACCUGCUUAAUAAAAACUGCUCUGAUAGACAGGUGCAUGAAAAUAGCUCCGUGCUCUGUCGCUGUUUUAAUCAAACUUUUUAUCAGGUUCCCUUUGGAGUCCCAGAGUGCGUGAGCCGAUGUUUUUGUAUUUAUAGGUUUGUGAAACCAGUUUGGGUGGACUGGAGUUUUGCUGUUUCUUCACGGUUUCUAAAGUUUCACGUGGAGAUCUGCUGGAGAAAAAAAGAAGCAGCUCCAGCUGUGGAUCGGGGGGGGAUCAGGAUCCACGUCGGGCUUCUGGUGAAGCAGCGUGGUGGAUGCCUCCGGGCUCCUGGUGGGGGUGUAGGGGUGGUGUUUCCUGCCUGUGUGAAGUGAUGUUUGCUCGAGCUGAGCGGCGUCAGAACCAGGCCAGACCUCCCUCAGGGCCGUGCCACCGCCCCAUGUAAACAACUUGCUCCAGUGUAUGUUAGCAGACACUUUGAUGUUAGCAGCUCUCUCACUUUCUCUUCUCUUACUCUUAAAUAUUUCAUUCAUCGUAUUCAUGUCGCCUGGAACGGCUGCAGUCUCUCUCAGGCACCGCUUUGGGUAAAGCAGACUUUUAGCUCAGAGACUCAGUGAGUCCACUAAAGUUUGUCGGGUCUGCAGAAGCUUUGAGGGCCCGAGGAGGCGCUGGACAGGCUCAGCGGCUCCUGAUGGUUUAGCUGGGAUUGUACCUCCCUCUGGUGGACACUCACGAUAACUACAGUUUACCUCAGUUUACCUGUGCAGGACUUAAAUCCACUGAUGUUGUUAUUGUUACUGAAGCAGGGUUUCCUUGUUGAGCUCAGUGUUCAUCACCUGUGUGUAUAUUAAAGGUGACCUGUUCUGCUCAUUACACAUCUAUAUUUCAUUUUUGACUCAAAUCCCUCCUUAUCUGGUCCCGCCUCAGUGCAGCCCUUUAACUCAUCCUCUCUUUGAAAUGAGCCGUUUUAAUGCCAGUUCUCUCCUCAUUGGCUGCCCCUCAGUUACAGAAGUUCUCUUUAAGACACAGACUCCAGCAUGAUCUUAAAUG